AUGGCCCUGAACACGCUCGAAUCGCCCCCAAAGAAGAUCAUCGCCGUGGAUAUAGUUCUGGCGCGUUUAGAACUGGCUCGCUCCUUUGGUGUCACGCAUGGAGUCAACUCAAAAGUCCGCCCGGAUCUCAUGAAGGUGCUGAUGGAGAUCACUCACGGGAGAGGGGUAGAUGGUGCGAUAGACACAACGGGUAGGCCAGAGGUGGUGAAGGAGCUGAUCCAUGCUAGGGCAAGAAAGGGAAAGGUUGUUACCGUUGGUGUUGGCGAUCUUUCCGCAGAGACAUCGCUCAAUAUAUUCGAGACGGUAAAUGCAGGCUGCACUUACGUUGACUGCAACCAGGGAGACUGCUACCCACAGGAAAUUUUGCCCAUGCUCCUCGAGGCCAAUGAGGAGGGGAAGUUUCCUUAUGAUCAAUUGAUCAGAACAUACCCGACAAGGGAUAUUGAGAAGGGAUAUUGA